AUGGCUCCAGUACUGAUGUUCGUCGGCUCAAGCAUUAUCGACGGAGCAAAAACAAGCGACGAGAAAUACAACCGAGUUUACAACGAGGAGCAUCUUCCUGCCAUCCUAGCGUUCGACAAUGCAAACUUCACGAAGCUUGCUCUCAGAUAUAAGAACGCCUACCCAGAUGCCAAGCUGCCCUACCUAGCUUUAUAUCCUGUUGAUGAUGCGGAGAUGCUGGACCCAGAGCUGAUGCAGAGAUUGAUAGCGGAGAUAACAACCAGUCAGACCUUUGACGGGGACGAUGUCAACGAUCACACUCAAUUUGGCCUCACAAGGUACGAGAAAAUCCAGACGUAUGAGGCGUAUCAGCAGGAGAAUCGCAGUGGUAAGGAUAGGGCCGAGACGAUUGUUUGUGUUGCGAUGGAGCCGAAGGACGAUGUUGAGUUCGAUGAGUGGUACCGCAAGCAACAUCUUGACAUGAUGGGAAUGUGCAAGGGGUACAGAAGAUGUACUAGAUAUCAAAGGACUGACGGACAGUCGCCACGUUUCUUAGCGCUGCACGAAUAUGCUUGUAAACCGGAGGAGUUGCCAGGGGAGCAGAUCAAGCAGGUCACGCAGACUGAAUGGUCGAAGAAGACUGUCGGUGAGUCGAAAGUCUUUGAGAGGAAUGUGUUCCACUUGAUUCAAGCGCAAGGUAACACGGAACUGAAUUUGUAG